AAGUGACGAUCGCUGCGAACUUAAAGGCGAGGAGAGCACAUUUUCUCUGAUCUGGUCAUCUGAGCAUCCAGGACGAUGAGGUACUCGAAGAUCUGUAAGCACCAAGUUUGAGGACUCAUCCCGGUGCUGCUGCUCCAUGGUCCUUCCAUGCGCCUCAUGACGUUUGCGGUCGUCGCCGCUCUCUCCCUGGUAGCAGCAGCGACGGCGGCAGUGUCGUCGUCUGCCUCACCAUCGGCAUUCCUCACACCACUCGCCCAGAGAGGCGGCAUCACCGCUAAGCCGAAUGGACGCCUUCGGAUGCGCCAGCACCCUCUCCAUGCCGUCACGCAGCGAUUCACGCUUGAACGCGGCGCUGAGGCCUUCGAUGACAUAUCCGCAAUAGCGGUAAGGGAGGAGAUCUGCAGUGUAGCCUCUCUCUUUGAGUGUGUGUGUUGGUGUGUGUGUUUGUGUGUGUGUGCACAGAAACGCAUAAAGGGCAAGGUCGGCCCGCCUCCGACCGACGAGGAGCUUUUGCAGUGGUUGGCUGACACCGAGGCCAUCCUGAUCCAAAUCAUGCAGGGCAAGAGGUAAGUGCUGUGCGUCAGUAAUUUGUGCGCGCACGUGGGUCUGUCUCGUUGCUGCUUGCAGACCGCCUGGUUCAGACAGGGAUGCCGAGACUUUCGUAGUGGGGGUGUCUGCCUUCUGUGAGCAACUACUAGUUGCGUGUGUGCCUUGAUCGAUCUGCACAUACCAACAGAGGCCGGAUGGAUCCACUCAUUGUCUGUCUGCCUGCCUGCCUGCCAUCUCUCUCUGUGUGUGUGUCAUGCACGCGCCGCACGUGUGGUUUAGAUAUGAACUGUCUUAUCAAGUGUGGAAAGAGAGGUGACAGACAGACAGACAGACAGACAGACAGACAGAGACGGGAUGUGUGUGUGUGUGUUUCUCCAGAGUUGGAUUACUCGUUUAGACCGAAGGUCGCUGCAUUCGCAUGGGAUACCACGGACCCACUGGCGACAGCGAUCGAGAAUCGCCUCAAGCCGCGUGUUGAUUGAUGCCUG